AUGUAUGGUAAGAAGGUAGAGUCGUGUUUUCAUGCACUUUGGAGGUGUUCAGCUGCUCAAUCGAUCUGGGCUGAAUGUCCCACCCGUGUAAGUAAAUGCUCAUCCUCGGCUACUAAUGUAUUAUCUUUGAUGGGUGCUUUAUUUCAACGGUUGGAUAGGGAGGAGAUGGAGCUAGUUGUCAUGGUUGCACAAAGGGUUUGGUAUCGCCGGAACAAGUUUGUGUUCGAGGGUUUGUUGACUCCUCCAACGUGUUCGAUUAAAUGUGCCAAAGAGUCUUUGGAUGAAUACCGUAGCACGAAUAGUAUGAAUGUGGCCUCUCUGUUUAGGUCUAGGGUUCCAAUAUUAACACGAUGGCCCAAGCCUCCUGUGGGUUUUGUCAAACUGAAUUGGGAUGCGGCAAUUGAUCAUUCGAAGAAGAUGAUAGGGUUAGGGAUUAUUGCUCGUGAUUCUAGCGGAAUUAUUGUGGCUUCAAAGUGUUCUUUUCACCCGUAUGUAUCUGAUUCCACUGUGGCAGAGGCUAUGGAUGCUUGA